AUGGCGCGCGCGGACGCGCUCGAUGCCGCGCUCGAGACGCUGGACGCGCGAACGCGCGCGCUGGACGCCCCGCGCGCGACGGACGCGGACGACGGCGAGGGUGGAGGCGGCGGCGGCGGGAAGCGGCGAAAACGGGCGAACGAAGCGACGGCGACGGCGAAAUCGAUCGAGAGAGAUCUCCGGGAGCGGGCGAAGAAGUACGUGGUGGGUGAGCGCGUGUCGAGCCGGCUCGCGGGGGAUAAAAAGGUAAAGGCGGCGCUGAGGGAGAAUCAAAACUUGGCGGAGGAGGCGGCGCUCAAGGCGGCGGCGCACGAGCGAUGGUUUGCGAACGACGAAGUCGGGACUCUGGAGGCAGAGGAGGGAGAACGGACGUAUCAGUAUCAACAGAGGGACAUCGUCCGGGCGGUGGACGUGAACGCGGCGAAGAAGGCGUUCGAUUUGGACGUGCCGGGGACGGGGAGGUAUUACGUCGACUACUCGCGGAACGGAAGAGAACUUUUGUUAGGGUCGAGCGAGGGUGCGCUGAGUAUGAUGCAGUGGCAAAAGCAUCACUUGAUUAGCGAGACAGACGCAAGGGAGACGGUGAAGGAUGUGAAGUUUUUGCACAACGAACAGUUUUACGCAGCGGCCCAAGACAGAUACACAUACAUAUACGACAAGCGCGGGCUGGAGGUGCACUGUUUGGACGAUCACAUGCACGUGAAUAAGCUCACAUUCCUACCGCAACACUUUUUGUUGUGUUCCGUCGGGACGCAAGGUAUUUUGCGUUGGCAGGAUACAACGUACGGUAAAAUCGUCGCGCAGUACCGCACCAAAAUGGGCGCGAGCAACGCCAUGACGCAUAACAAUUACAACGGUGUCGUGCACUGUGGACACAAAAACGGCACCGUGACGCUGUGGAGCCCGAACCAGGGAACGCCAUUGGUGAAGAUGCUGUGUCAUCGCGGAGAGGUGAAAGGAGUGACGAUCGAUAAGAGUGGUAAGUACAUGGUUACGUCCGGUCAAGACGGUCAGGUCAAGGUUUGGGACUUGCGCACGUAUAUGCCCGUGCACGCGUACUACUCGGCACAACCGUCGAGUCAUAUUCAAAUUUCUCAGCGUGGACUCCUUGCGGUCGGCUGGGGGAGCACGGUGCAGAUUUGGAAGGAUGCUUUGCAGAUAAAGCAAAACUCACCAUACAUGAAGCAUCAGUUCUCACACGGUCAGAAGAUUAACUCGAUCGCCUUCUGCCCCUACGACGAUGUUCUUGGCGUCGGACACUCUCGUGGAUUCACGAGCGUUCUCGUCCCUGGCGCCGGCGAACCCAACUUCGACACGUUUGUGGCGAACCCGUUCGAGUCGAAGGGACAGCGACGAGAGAACGAAGUCGCGCGCUUGUUGGAUAAACUCCCGGCGGAGACCAUACAGCUCGAUCCGGACGCCGUAGGCAAGCUCCGAGCGGUACCGAAGGAGGUCCAAGCGGAGCGUCGUCAGCUAGCCAUCGAUGCCGAGCUCUCGAGGAGAAAGGAUCAACGUGACAAGAAUGAGGCCAAGACAAAGAUGAAGGGCAAGAACAGAACGUCAAAGCGAUACAGAAAAAAACAGCUCAACGUUAUCGACGACAAAAAAUUGGCGAAGAUGGAAGCCAAGCGUUUGCGCGAGGCUGGAAUCACGGAGAAACGCGGUGGCGUUGCAGCUCCCGGGGAAACCGCCGGCGCGGCGUCGACCGCGCCGCACGCGCCAGACGGCGUCUCGAAAGCGCUGCGCAGAUUUUACAAGUGA